CCCACAGCCUCCUCACGCCCUCGUGCAGGUGCUCUCAGACACUCACAGGACCUUCGUUCUCGUGUUCUGAGCUCCUUUGUUCUCGGGGCAGCCUGCGGACUCACUGUUUGAACCGGGUCCUGUUUCCAGACGGAGAGCCAGCAUGUCGAUGGGAAUGGAGAUCGUGGGCAUUGCCCUGGGAUUCCUCGGGUUUGUCAUUGCGAUAGUGACGUGCGCCCUGCCGAUGUGGAAGGUGUCGGCCUUCGUCGGAGCCAACAUCAUCACUGCUCAGACCAUCUGGGAGGGUCUGUGGAUGAACUGUGUCACGCAGAGCACAGGACAGAUGCAGUGCAAGAUCUACGACUCCAUGCUGGCCCUGGCUCCAGAGCUGCAGGCGUCCAGAGCCAUGACCAUCAUCUCCAUCAUACUCGGGGUGCUGGGGGUCAUGAUCUCCAUCGUCGGCGCCAAGUGCACCAACUGCAUCGAGGACGAGCCGUCCAAGGCCAAAGUGAUGAUCAUAUCGGGGAUCUUCUUCAUCCUGGCGGGCCUCUUGGUUCUCAUCCCCGUCUCCUGGACCGCCAGCGUCAUCAUCCGGGACUUCUACAAUCCGAUCGUGGUCAUCAGCCAGAGGAGGGAGCUGGGAGCGUCCCUCUACAUCGGCUGGGGCGCCGCCGCGCUGCUCCUGAUUGGAGGGGCCAUGCUGUGCAGCAGCUGCCCGCCAAAAGAGAAGAAGUACAAGCCGCCCCGGAUGGCCUACUCGGCCCCUCGCAGCACCAGUGGAGCGGGAGGGUACGACAGGAAGGACUAUGUUUGAAGUGUGUGAGCGAUAGAUUUCAAAAUUAGGGUAAAAAAAAUGUUGCACAUUUUUGUUUUUGCUGUUGUCUUUUUUUUUUUGUCUGAAGCCACAGUGCGAAACCCUUUAAAAGACUCCGAGAUGAAGUAUGUCUGUGUGUGUGUGUGUGUGUGUGUGUGUGUGUGUGUGUGCGUGUGUGUGUUUGUGUGUGUGUGUGUGUGCAAACAUUGACCUUUCUGCUUUGCUCUGGGGUUCAGAUGUUCCUCCUCGUCCUCCUGUCUUGUGAAAACAAACUGCUGAUCAUCGCUUUCAUUCUUUCAAACUGUCCUUCGCCUGUUAUGUGCAUACCCAGCCAGUGCAGGAGGGAUUUUGUGUUGGUGUGUGAGUCUGAAAACACCUGCUACCUGCCUGCUUCACGCCGGCUCGGCGGUGUCGUCUUUCACUGAAACUCGCUGUUAAAACAUUGUGUGUCUUUCUCUGACAAUGACAAGGAAGAGCCGGCUCUCGUUUUACAUGGAUUUGGCUGUGUUGAUUGUUCAGUGUGUGUGUGUGUGUGUGUGUGUGUGUGUGUGUGUGUGUGUGUGUGUGUGUGUGUGUGUGUGUGUGUGUGUGUGUGUGUGUGUGUGUGUGUGUGUUUUGCAUGUAAUAUUUGACUAGGAGAGUUUCUGUUGAGACUGAAACUGAAGAUGGAUCAUUGAUUUGGCCCCAGGAAACAAACUUUAUCUUCCUCCUCACGGUUUCACUGUCAUGAAAACAGACUACAUUCCAAGACUUCGCUGUAUCUGUGUGUGUGUGUGUGUGUGUGUGUGUGUGUGAACUUAAAUUAUAAUUCUGUGAUACAAAUGUACUGAAGAUGUAUUUUAACAAUGUUUCUUGUUGUUGUUGCUGUUCUAUAUCUAGUGUGACAUAUUGUCCUAUUGGUCAAAACUCUUUUGUAAGCUCAUGUACAUAUAUAUAUAUAUUUAUGUUACUGUUAACUACAGUUUGUCAAGUAUGUGAGUUCACUCAUGUGUAAGGGAGUGUGUGAUCCCUGGAAGCAGCAUAUCUUAAGUAAGUGUAGCUUUUUCUUUAUGUUUUUUUUUUUACUC